AAUAAAUGAAAUUGUGGUAUUUCUGCAUAGAGAUCCGGAUAUGCGCUUGUGGCUAUAUUCACGGCAGAUCGCCGAUACAUCUCGACAACAGACUAUAGACUGCGAGUCCACAAGGGAUGCAUUUAAUAUGCGUCAUUCAAUAACUGCGCUAGAUCCAGUGUCUGGUAACUUGGCUAACACCUCCGUGAAGUCGACUUCUAAACGCACUGCAGAUAACAAUUCAUUUUUCGGCCCACAGCGAAGGAAAAGGAUAGCGUUAAACGUCGGUGGCAGGGUUUUUGUGGUACGGACACAUCUUCUUGACAGAUUUCCAAACUCUUUACUCGGAAGCUUACAGAUUGGUCAAUUUUACGAUAAAAAUAAACAGGAGUUCUUCUUUGACAGGGAUCCGGAUGUUUUUCGCUACAUAUUGAACUAUUUGCGGAGCGGCCGACUUCACGUUUCGGACGAGGAAUGCUUUAAUAGUUUAUUAGAUGAGCUAGAGUUUUUUCACAUCCCCACUGAGGACAUUUUGCAGGAUACCUGUUGUCAGGAGUAUUACGGAAAAAACUGUGAAGAAGUGCUCUGCAAACAUUGCGAAAAAAACACCGAGGGGAAAUCCCUGACGGAGUCAAUAAGUUCCAAGGCGUUCUACGUCAAAAGGAAUCGGGAGAAAAUUUGGUCUUUUUUGACAGAGCCGGAAACUUCAUUUAGCGCGCUAAUCUACUUUUAUAUAAUUUCUCUUGUUACUAUGUUAAACGCACUGCUGGUUGUUGCCGAAACAAACAAUUGCGAAGUCAAUCGUAAGUGCGGGGAGAUCCACGAAGAUGUGUUUUUCACAAUUGACGCUUUUUGCGUCGCAGUUUUCACAGCUGACUAUGGCGCGCGUUUGGCAACCGCCAAACAACGUCUUCAUUUCGCGCGGGCUGGUAUGAAUAUUAUCGACGUAUUGGCUUUACUUCCAUUCUAUCUGACACUAAUCCUAAAUUAUGCGUUCAACAUUCAUCAGGAUUACUCCUUUUUGACUAUCCUAAGACUCUUUAGGGUGUUUCGUAUCAUUAGGUUGACGAAACGCUCGGAGCGUUUGCGCGCCAUUGCGUCCAUCGCCACAAGCACUGGACUUACAGAUUAUGUCAUGGUUACACUCGGCGUUCUCAUGCUAUUGGUAUUCUUUUCCACGAUUAUUUAUUAUGUGGAGCAGAUGAGCAGCGACACGCAGUUUGAGAGUAUUCCCGACGCCAUGUGGUACGCUGCGGUCACCAUCACUAGCCUUGGGUAUGGUGACAUGGUGCCGUCCACGAUGCUGGGAAAGCUGUGUGGGGUGGCUACCAUCUUGACGGGAUUCCUGGGAAGCAGUCUGCUCAUACCCAUCGUGCAGAUGAAGUUUGGCAACAUCUCAAAGGGUUAGCGGCACAACGGAUACGUCAAUCAUGAUCUGUCAAUCAUUGGUCUGCGUCCAGAUUGCGUCAUAUGACUAACAUUGCGACAAUUGCACAAAUGUUGUGCAUGCAAAUGCUAUCUGCUCUAAACUAAUCAAAGGUUUCUUUGUAACAUGUACAGCGUAGCGUUCUGUUUGUAAUGCGUCGGUGGAUAAAUAUAUCUGUUUUUCAUACUCAUACUUUGAUUGAACAAACCCUUUUAAAAGUAAGACACGCGACAGAGACUUGCUUUGAACCUCUAGCGUGUGUACAAUGUUAAUAGAGUUUUAAAUAAUAAUGUUUUUAUCCUCGCUUGGGGCAUGCAGGAAAAGGUGUUGCUUUGUAUGUCACAUACCAAAAACUUUCUAGAAAAAAGAAACACAAAUAAAAAAACACUUGUAGAAACUA